AUGAGGCUUUUCUUAGUCACCAUCCUGCUGGCUAUGUUCUCAGCGGCCUCCACAAAAAGCCCCAUAUUUGGUCCCCAGGAGGUGAGUAGUGUGGUAGGUAACUCGGUGUCCAUCACGUGCUACUACCCAGCCACCUCCGUCAACCGACACUCCCGGAAGUACUGGUGCCGGAAGGGAGCCAACAGCCUCUGCACAACCCUCAUCUCUUCAAACGGCUACGUCUCCAAGGAGUAUGCAGGCAGAGCCAACAUCAUCAACUUCCCAGAGAAUAACACGUUUGUGGUUAACAUUGCACAGCUCACCCAGGAUGACACUGGGAGCUACAAGUGUGGUCUGGGCACCAGUAACCGACCCCUGUUUUUUGACAUCAGCCUGGAGGUCAGCCAGGCUCCUGAGUUCCCAGAGGACACUCAUGUCUACACUGAAGACAUGGGCAGAAAUGUGACCUUCGACUGCCCUUUCCAAAAGGAGAACUCUCAUAGCAAGAAAUCCUUGUGUAAGAAGAUAGGUCAGACCUGUGAACUUGUCAUUGACUCUACUGGAAACGUGAACCCCAGCUAUAAGGACAGAGUAAAACUUUUCAUGAAAGGGACCAGCGGAGUAAUAUUCGGUGUCAGCAUUAAUCACCUAAGACUCAGUGAUGCUGGGCUGUAUGUUUGCCAGGCUGGGGAAGGGCCUAGUGCCAAUAGGAAGAAUGUUGACCUCCAGGUGCUAGAGCCUGAGCCAGAGCUGGUUUAUGCAGAUCUAAGAUCCUCAGUGACUCUUAACUGCGCUUUAGGCCGUGAGGUGGCAGAUAAAGCCAAAUAUCUGUGCCGGAUGAACAAGGAAACUUGUGAAGUGGUCAUCAACACCCUGGGGAAGAGGGAUCCAGCCUUUGACGGCAGGAUCCUGCUAACCCAAAAGGACAAUAAUGGCCAUUUCAGUGUGUUGAUCACAGGCCUGAGGAAGGAAGACGCAGGACACUACCUGUGUGGAGCCCACAGUUCUGGUCUGCCUCAAGAAGGCUGGCCCAUUCAGGCGUGGCAACUCUUUGUCAAUGAAGAGUCUACAAUUCCCCCUAGUCGCUCUGUGGUGAAGGGUGUCACAGGAGGCUCUGUGGCAGUGAUCUGUCCCUACAACCCCAAGGAAAGCAGCAGCCUCAAGUACUGGUGUCGCUGGGAAGGGGAUGGGAAUGGCCACUGCCCGAUUCUUGUGGAGAGCCAGGGGGUGGUGCAAGAAGACUAUGAGGGCCGCCUGGCCCUGUAUGAUCAGCCAGGCAAUGGCUCCUACACUGUCAUCCUCAACCAGCUCACCACCCGGGACGCCGGCUCCUACUGGUGUCUCACCAAUGGCGACUCUCGCUGGAGAACCACCAUAGAACUCCAGGUUGCUGAAGCUCCAGGGAAGCCCAACCUCGAGGUGACACCCCGGAACUCGACGGCUGUGCUGGGAGAGACCUUCACGCUCUCCUGCCACUAUCCCUGCAAACUCUACUCCCAUGAGAAGUACUGGUGCAAGUGGAGCAACAAGGGCUGCCAGGUCCUGCCUAGCCGCGACGAAGGGGCCCGCCAGUCCUCUGUGAGCUGUGACCCCAGCAACCAGCUCAUCUCCAUGACCCUGAACCCUGUCAAGAAGGAAGAUGAAGGCUGGUACUGGUGUGGGGUGAAGCAAGGCCAGACCUAUGGAGAAACUACAGCCAUCUACGUAGCGGUUGAAGAGAGGGCAGGGGGGUCACGCCAUGUCAACCCACCAGAUGCAAACGCACAUGCGGAUGUUGCUCCAGAAAAGGCAGUUGAAUCCAGUGUCAGUGAGAAUGAGAACAGAGCCGUUCUGAACCCCAAGCUUCUGGCAGAGGAAAGAGGGAUAGAGAGCGUGGGAGACCAAGCUCAGGAGAACAGAGCAUCUGUGGAUGCUGGCAGUGCUGACGUACCAAAGGGGAGCUCCAAAGUGCUGUUCGCCACCCUGGUGCCCCUGGGUCUGGUGCUGGCAGUGGGUGCUGUGGCUGUGUGGGUGGCAAGAGUCCGUCACCGGAAGAAUGUAGAUCGGAUGUCAAUCAGCAGCUACAGGACAGACAUUAGCAUGUCAGACUUCAAGAACUCCAGGGAUUUGGGAGGCAAUGACAACAUGGGAGCCUCUCCAGACAAUCAGGAGACAGUCCUGGAAAGAAAAGAUGAAAUCGUGACUACCACUGAGAUUGCCACAGAGCCAGAAGAAUCCAAGAAAGCAAAGCGGUCAUCCAAGGAGGAAGCUGACCUGGCCUACUCAGCAUUCCUGAUCCAAUCCAGCAACAUAGCUGCACAGGUCCACGAUGUUCCCAAGGAAGUCUAGACAGUGCUGACCGCCUACCCCUGCCUGUGACAAUCAACUCGAGAAUCACACUGAUCCACUCACAGCCUGCACUGUCUCCUGGGCUUUUCCCUCCUGACCUCAGAGGUGUGCUGGUCCCUUGCUCAGCCAUCAAAGCCUGGCCUCUCUGUGCCUGUUUGGAAGGUGUGAGGAGUUCCGACCUGCAGCUUUUCUCUGUUAAAAGAUUAAUUAAAGGUGGAAGUAAAGAGUCAAACCUGAGAGACAUUUCUGAGAGAAGAGGGUUCGGAGUUAGGGCUCACCUCAGGAGGGAGAGCCAUUUGCAGCCUCUUACACUGUACGAUGGGAUGUCAAUGUAACUCUUCUCUCCUCCACCUCUCCCGUCCUCCCUUCUCCAUUCAAAAGACACAUCUGAAACCUUACUAGAAUUCAGGUGCCUACUAAAUGCUGAGACUCAGGCCACAGCCUUUCUAUAAACAUCACUGAAAGAGACCCCAUCUCCUCCCAGAUUGUAUCUUUUUCACUAAGACAUGGCGUCACUACCAGGCUUACCUCCAGCCUGUGCACCUUAUAGGGCAGCAUAAGGAAUUCCUGCAGUCUACAGCAUACCUAAGUCGUAAGGGCACCAAGGGUUUUCAGAUGGAAGAGACUUGCUCUAGGGCACCCAUGAGAUAAGCUGGUGUCAAACCAGAUUUGGCAACUCCUGGCUGUAGGCCUGGGAUCUGUCUUCGAGACCUCUGCCCUUAUUAGAGGGUGAACUUCAACUUGAGGAAAGUAAGAGGAAAUGAGUAACGUGAGCAUGGUGGUAUACACGUGCAAUCCCAGCAUUCAAGAGGUAGAAAUAGGAUCAGAAGGUCGAGGUCAUCCUUGGCUACGUAGGGAGUUUGAGGCCAGCCUGGGAUACAUGAAGACCUUGCUUCAAAGCAGGAGGAGGAGGAAGAGGAAGAGGAGAAGGCAGAAAAGGAAGAAGAGAAAGAG